AUGCGUCGUCUCUUGUUGCUCGCCUCGGCCGCCCUCGUGGCCGCUGAGAAUGGCCUGGAUGGCUGGCUGCGCUAUGCGCCAUUGCCCGGGGCCAGUCGCUAUCUGCACGAUCUUCCCUCCUCCAUCGUCUCUCUCAAUGCCUCCGAGACCAGUCCCGUUUAUGUAGCCGGGUCCGAGCUGCAGAAAGGCUUGCAGGGCAUCUUUGGCAAGCAGGUCUCCAUCAGCCACCAGAACUGCAACGCCUCGUCGUCGAUCGUCGUCGGCACCGUUGACGAAUAUUCCAAGCUCUGCGGUAGCUCUGCUGCGCUGCCGGAGCUCGAGCAGGACGGUUUCUGGCUCAGCACAAAGGGCAACUCGGUCCAGAUCCUCGGCCGCAACGAGCGCGGUGCUCUCUAUGGCGCUUUUGAGUAUCUGUCCAUGCUUGCUCAGGGCAAUUUCUCCCAAGUCGCCUACGCCAACAAUCCCCGCGCUCCGAUCCGCUGGGUGAACCAGUGGGACAAUCUGGAUGGCAGCAUCGAGCGUGGCUAUGGCGGCGCCUCCAUCUUCUUCGAAAACGGCGGCGUCGUCAGUAACUUGACUCGCGCCGCCCAAUACGCCCGCCUGCUGGCCUCCAUCGGCCUCAACGCGGUCGUGGUCAACAAUGUGAACGCCAAUGCCUCCAUCCUGACUCCCCAGAACAUCGAGGGCUUGGGCAGAAUCGCCGAUGUCUUCCGCCCCUAUGGCGUCCAGCUGGCCCUCUCGCUCAACUUUGCUUCUCCGACCAUCAUUGGCGGCCUCAGCACCUACGAUCCCCUCGAUCCCUCGGUCAUUGCGUGGUGGACCAACGUCACUGACCAGCUCUACCAGCGCAUCCCCGACUUUGCUGGCUACCUCGUCAAGGCCGACUCGGAGGGGGCCAACCUCUUCGCCAAGCCUCUUCAACCCUACGGCGGCAUCGUCAUGUUCCGGGCAUUCGUCUACAACCAGCUCAACGAGUCGGACUGGAAGGCGGACCGUGCCAAGGCAGCUGUGGAAUUCUUCCAGGGUCUGGACGGUCAGUUCGACGACAAUGUGGUUGUUCAAAUCAAAUACGGCCCCAUCGAUUUCCAGGUCCGCGAGCCGACGUCCCCCUUGUUCGCCCACCUGCGCAACACCAGCACUGCCAUCGAGCUGGAGAUCACUCAGGAGUACCUGGGACAGCAAUGUCAUCUCGUCUACCUUCCCCCGCUCUGGAAGACCGUCCUCGACUUUGAUCUCCGCGUCGACCAGAAGCCGUCGCUGGUGCGCGACAUCAUCACGGGCCAGCGCUUCAACCGGACUCUGGGCGGAUCGGCGGGCGUCGUCAAUGUCGGCACCAACACCACCUGGCUUGGAAGCCACUUGGCCAUGUCCAACCUGUAUGCCUACGGCCGCUUGGCGUGGGAUCCCGCCAACGACCCUCAGAGCGUGUUGCAGGACUGGAUUCGGCUUACCUUUGGUCUGGACCGUAGCGUCAUCGACACCAUCACCCAGAUGUCCAUGGAGUCGUGGCCCGCCUACGAGAACUACAGCGGCAAUCUGGGAAUCCAGACCUUGACCGACAUCUUGUACACGCACUUUGGGCCCAAUCCGGCCUCCCAAGACAACAACGGCUGGGGGCAAUGGACUCGUGCGGAUCACACGUCGAUUGGCAUGGAUCGCACCGUGUGGAACGGCACCGGAUACACUGGUCAAUAUCCUCCUGAAGUUGCGGCCAUGUACGAAAACAUUGACACCACUCCGGACAACCUUGUGUUGUGGUUCCACCAUGUGAACUACACCCAUCGUCUGCACUCGGGCAAGACGGUCAUCCAGCACUUUUACGAUGCGCACUACAGCGGUGCUGAGACCGCGCAGACGUUCCUCACCAUGUGGGAGUCCCUCAAGGGCAAGAUCGACGAUGAGCGAUACAACGACGUCCACUUCCGCCUCACCUACCAAGCCGGCCAUUCGAUUGUCUGGCGGGACGCCAUCAACAACUUUUACUUCAAUCUGUCCGGCAUUCCCGAUGAGGCCAAGCGCGUUGGCAAUCACCCCUGGCGCGUGGAGGCCGAGAGCAUGACGCUGAGUGGCUACAAGACGUACGCCGUCAAUCCGUUCGAGACGGCGUCCAACACCACGGCGAUCGUCACGACCACCAACAGCACUGUCGGUACGGCCACGACCAAGCUCGAGUACCCGUCUGGCACAUACGACCUCGCCGUGAACUACUACGAUAUGUACGGCGGCAAGUCUCACUGGCAGGUGUACCUCAACAACCGCAAGAUCGGCGAAUGGGUUGGCAACAGCGAGGACACGCUUGGCCACACGCCCUCCAUCUACCUGGAUGGACACUCGGCGACGCGCAUCACCUUCCGCGGCGUCAAGAUCGAGAAGGGCGAUGAGCUGAAGAUUGUGGGCACGCCGGAUGGAGUCGAGCCGGCGCCGUUGGAUUAUGUUUCUGUCCUUCCAGAGGGUGUUGUCGAUUAA